AUGUCGGCAGCGAAACGCGCAUUUCUAACUGCCCUAAUCAACAUUUUCGUUCUGCUGUUCGCAUCAAUAAUUCAAAUCCAACGAAUCGACGCUCUGCCACACGCACAAACGGUAAAUGGCGCGACCGCGACUGCGGCGAAGACAGCGACGUCGGCAGCCAUUGCGCUCACAAAAGCUCAGCAAAGACGCGAACCGGUUCGUAUGGUGAAUAAACAAACGAACGAGCGUGUGAACAAAGACGUCGGAGGUGGUGGUGGUGAAGAUUCUUCCGUUAACAGCAAGCGCCUGCCUCGAAGUGUUUUUCACGUGCGCUGGAACCCCAAUGAGAAAUUCGUGGUUGAGAGUCGCGAGAAUCCCGCUAUUAAUUCCUCUAGAUUGGCACCGCAUCCGCGUCUCAAGGUGUCGAAGAACACGAAGCUUACACUCAGUCCGAAGUUGUAUCUCUGCCAUGACAAAUACUCGGAACUGUGUCACAACAAGACACUAGCGUUUCGGCAGCGCAUUGUGCAAACGCUGGAAAAGUCGAUGAGGGAAGGCGAUAACGAAACUAAUCCUUAUAAUGUGGACUACAAGCCGGUGUUUGGCGAUAGCUUCGAGGAGCAGUACUACCCGUCAACCUGCCUGGUUAUGGAGGCGGGAGUACGAGUGCUGAGACGCCGGGAUGCUCCAUUCAAUAAGCUCCCGUUUGGACGACUUUUUCCGCGCCAGAAGCUAUUUCGGAAUGUGAAAAGCGUCAAGACGUGCGCCAUUGUUUCCAGUGCCGGUUCACUUGUGGGGUCCAAGCUGGGGCGAUUUAUAGACACACACGACAUUGUAAUGAGAUUUAAUCACGCGCCAACGCAAGGAUACGAGGUGGAUGUUGGCAGCAAAACAACAAUACGUGUGGUGAAUUCCCAAGUGGUAACUAAGCCCGAAUUUGAUUUUCCACAUGCCCCCAUUUUUCGAAAUGUAACCAUUGCCGCCUGGGAUCCAGGAAAAUAUAAUGGCACUCUGGAGGAUUGGCUGACAAGUGCGGACUAUGAUUUAUUUACCAAUUAUGAGAUAUACAGGCGACGAUAUCCCAAAUCACGUGCCUUUCUCAUCGAUCCACAUUCGGUAUGGCGCCUUUGGCAAAGUUUGCAAAUGUUUGCUGGCAAUCGACCCAUUCGUCGCAACCCACCAAGCUCUGGUUUCAUUGGCUUGGCUCUGUUGCUGCCAUAUUGCUCGCAGGUUGAUUUCGUAGAGUAUAUGCCGUCUACUCGCCUCAAUGGCCGUUGUCAUUACUACAGCAAAGAGAUGAACUCGGCCUGUACAUUUGGCUCGUGGCAUCCUUUGGCUGCCGAGAAACUCAUGGCUCUGGAUAUGAAUGUGGCUGAUGACAUGUCUGUCUUCCAGUUUGGGAUAUUACGCAUACGACAGCCGGAUAAAUUGCUGUGUGGCUUCAAUUUCUUUGGCUACUGAGCAACGACUGGUGCUGACAAUCAAUACAAA